AUGGCUUGGAUCUCUCUUCCCGUCCUGGCACUUCUUGCUGGUCUCGUUAUCCAAGGCCGCCUCAGCCCCGCAUCGAGCAUUACAUGCGCUGCAGAAGUUCCGUCGCAGGCACAGAUUAUCAAUCAGAAGAGCUUUAACGUUCUAUCAAACGUGCCGCCGUCCACAGUGGCCAAUGGCACGAGAGUCUUCAAACCACCAGGAAUUAGCGACGCCGACCUCCUUGCCAAGCCCUUCCAUAUCUACGACGACGAGUUCUACGCCAUCAUUGGGUGCAACCCGACCUUGACGAUCAUCGCUAGCUCUGACAAGGACCCUCUUUUUCAUGAAGCUGUUGUGUGGUAUCCUCCUACAGACGAGGUCUUCUUCGUUCAAAAUGCUGGCGCCAAAGCUGCUGGAACUGGUCUUGCGAAAUCAGCGAUCGUGGAAAAGAUCAGCCUGUCCGAGGCAGAUGCGGUAUCCAAUCUAACAAAUGCAGCUGGCCGGGUUACCGUUCACACCGUUGACUCUAAUCCUACGGUUGUCAAUCCUAAUGGAGCGACGAAUUACAAAGGCCAGAUCAUGUUUAUGGGUGAAGGUGCUGGUCCCGAUAUCCCAUCUGCCAUCUAUGUGAUGAAUCCGCUUCCACCAUAUAACACUACCGUGGUUCUGAACAACUACUUUGGUCGGCAAUUCAGCUCACUCAACGAUGUUGGCAUCAACCCGCGCAACAAAGACAUUUACUUCACCGACACUCUCUACGGCUACUUGCAGGACUUCCGCCCGGUCCCCGGCAUCCAGAAUCAAGUAUAUCGCCUCAAUGAUAAGACUGGGGCGGUGACUGUCGUUGCAGACGGUUUCACUUUGCCGAAUGGAAUAUCAUUUUCACCCGACGGAUUGUAUGCCUAUGUCACUGAUACAGGGACGAACCAUGGAUUCCAAGGAUACAACUAUUCCGAUCCAUCGGCAAUUUAUCGGUACGACGUGAAAGACGAUGGGACCUGGGAAAAUCGCAAGAUAUUUGCCUUUAUUGACUCGGGUGUCCCAGAUGGUAUUCAUUGCGACUCAAACGGCAACGUCUACGCUGGUUGCGGCGAUGGAGUCAACGUAUGGAACCCGUCGGGCAAGCUGAUUGGCAAGAUCUAUCUUGGUACCACAUCUGCAAACUUUCAAUUUGCUGGCAACGGACGAAUGGUCAUUUGCGCAGAAACGAAGCUCUUCUAUGCCACGUUGAAGGCAUCGGGAGCCUAUGUAGAUGGCAUGAUGUGA